AUGUGGUUAGUCAAGAGGUUUGACAGCAUUGAGCUUUCUGCAGUGGUUUGUAGCUUUCUUCAGCAUAUAAGUGUGAACAUGCUGGGCCAAACGGACAGACUGAUUAUAAUUUUCUGCUUAACAUUUUCCUGUGGAACGUGUAAAGAUUACAGAAAGGAAGUUUUCAAACCUGGGAGCAACGCCAGUUUGACAUGCGGUAAAAAGACGUGGAAUGAGACUAUCUAUGUUAUCUGGACAAUAAACUUGAAACACAAAACCUGUAUGAUCUCCUUUAGCAAUCAAGGUGAUAACAUUGACAAAUGCAACGAUGGCAAGAUUUUGCAAAACACGUCCACUGGUCAGUCAUACCUGCACAUCCCAAACGUUUCAUCUAAAGACGUGGGGAUGUACACAUGUGAGUCAGCUUACAAUGGAGGAAAUGACAAUUAUAAUAUCAACGUGACUUUAAUAGUUUCUCCGACUGUUUCUGCCACGAUGGAGCAAAGGAACAACACGGUGGUGGCAGUGUGCAGAGCUGAAGGAGGAAAUCCUGCUGCCAACAUCAGCUGGAGUUUUACAGGAAACUCAGAGCCUGAGACAUCGCUGUCUGACUCAGAUGGAUUAGUUACAGUAGAGAGCGUUUUGAAGAUCCCUGCUGGCAUGAGUCGAGAAAACCUGAGCUGUAUCAUCCAGCACCCGUCUUGGGAUCAAGAGAAGAUGGUUAYUGUAAAAGCUGAAAAAGAUUUUGGACAGCUCCCAAGACUUAUUAUUGGKUUAGUUGUUGUAUUUUUGGCAGGAAUCUCAAUAUUUGCACUAAACAAAUUGAAUCCAAGGAUGAAGGAGGAGGAAGUGUGCUAUUUAUGUAAAAUAUGUGAAAUGUGACAACUUACUCUUCAAUCUGCAGAGAUGUUAAAAAACAUCCUGAGCCAAACAGACAGAAAGAGAACAGCCAAUACAUGACUGUCAGUUUGCUUAUUAUCUCUUUCUGCAGUUGUGUAACCACACCAUAUGUCUUGAAGUAUUUUUUGCUGCAUUUUCCUGCAUUUUCUAGGGGGCUAGCCUUCUCUUUCACACCUAUGUAUAAAUGAACAUGUGACAAUCCCUCAUGUCAGAGUGGGCUGACUUGUGCUUUGGUAUAAUACUCACUCGCAUUAAAAAUGUAUUUGAUUGCACUUUAUUGUGUCUUUGCAUUACUCUUA